AAAGAGCGCAUCAUCCAAAUUUCUGGUUGAGUGUAUUUUUAUGUGUGGGCGUCUUUUGUGUUUUGGUUUUCUUUUGCAUCCUUGAUUCUUAUUCAUUUACCAUAUUGUGUGUGUCAUUUUGUGGAUAUAAUCUUUGAAGAUUUUUUUUUUUUGGUGCAAAAACAAACAAACAAAGAAAAUGUUCUUGGAAAGUUUAUUCAAUGUUGAUAAUGGCUAUUUGGAAGGAUUAGUACGUGGUUUUAAAUGCGGUAUUAUAAAACAAUCGGAUUAUUUAAAUCUUGUACAAUGUGAAACAUUAGAAGAUUUAAAACUUCAUCUACAAUCAACUGAUUAUGGUGGUUUUUUGGCCAAUGAACCAUCACCAUUAACCGUAUCGGUUAUUGAAGAUAAAUUAAAAGAAAAAUUAGUUGCCGAAUUUCAACAUGUUCGUAAUCAUGCUGUUGAACCAUUAUCAUCAUUUCUUGAUUAUAUUCUACAUUAUUAUAUGAUUGAUAAUAUUAUUUUAUUGAUUACUGGUACAUUACAUCAACGACCAUUAUCAGAAUUGAUACCUAAAUGUCAUCCAUUAGGUUCAUUUGAUCAAAUGGAAGCUAUUCAUGUUGCAUCAACACCAUCCGAUCUUUAUAAUGCUGUAUUGGUUGAUACACCAUUAGCACCAUAUUUUGUUAAUUGUAUUGGUGAACAAGAUUUGGAUGAAAUGAAUGUUGAAAUUAUUCGUAAUACUGUUUUUAAAGCUUAUUUAGAAUCAUUUCAUAAAUUUUGUGAAGAACUUGGUGGUGUUACAGCUGAAGUUAUGUGUGAAAUUCUUGCAUUCGAAGCUGAUCGUCGUGCUUUUAUGAUUACAAUCAAUUCAUUUGGUACUGAAUUAAGUAAAGAAGAUCGUUCAAAAUUGUAUCCAACUUGUGGUAAACUACAUCCAUAUGGUUUGGCACAAUUAGCAAUGGCUGAUGAUUAUGAACAAGUACGUAAUGUAGCCGAAAUGUAUGCCGAUUAUCGUGUAUUGUUUGAUACACAAUCAAAUGCUGAAAAUAAAACAUUAGAAGAUAAAUGUUUUGAACAUGAAGUUAAAUUGAAUAUCAAUGCAUUCCUACAACAAUUUCAUUUUGGUAUAUUUUAUGCAUAUCUUAAAUUAAAAGAACAAGAAUGUCGUAAUAUUAUAUGGAUUGCUGAAUGUGUUGCACAAAAACAUAAAGCACGUAUCGAUAAUUAUAUUCCAAUAUUUUAAUUGCAGAGAAAAAAAAUUACCGAGAAUUCAAUCCAUGUGUGUGUCAUUAUCCAAAAAAAAAACAAUUUAAAUUAUUUAAAAUUCAUUUGUGAUUUUCUAAAACAUUAUUAUUAUUAUUUCGUUUCUGUCGUUAAUCAUUUAUUCCAUAAAAAUAGUCAAGUG